AUGUCAUCGAACUACGUUGCAAGGCUUCAACAAAUCUGGUCGCUGGUUCCUCAGCAGCCGGAGGACAACGACAUUUGGGACACUGUCCAGGUUGCAUUGGGGACUCUCACAAGGGACCUCGACCAUGAAAUUCGCCAGGACGAUGAGCGGAAGCGACUCCUUGUUGAACAAACGGAGGCCCUUGACAAUCAAGAUCGAGAGCUUGCCGAAAAGGAGCAGGCUCUCCAGGAGAGGGAGAAGACUCUCCUGAACAAGGAGCAGGCUGUCCAAACAAGGGAGCAGAUUGCGCAGACCAGAGAGCAUGACCUCGAUCGAAGAGAACGGGCUGUCAAGGACAAGGAGCACCAAUUGGAGCUCCAUGCAAAGCUUGACUUGAUCCUCGAAAAGAUGGACAACAAUGCUACGAGAGAGCAAAUCCAAUCUCUUUCGGACAGUGUGCAGAACAUGGCCAGCCAGCAGCAGGUCACGGCUACCCAAGAGCAGGUCAAGGCCGUUUCCGAUGCCUUGGACACUGUCUUGAACGACAGUGCGACCAAAGAGCAGGUCGCGGCUGUUUCCGAGGCCUUGGACACUGUCUUGAACGACAGUGCGACCAAAGAGCAGGUCACGGCUGUUUCCAACAGCCUGAACACCAUGUCAACGCAAGUACAGGCAAUUCCAGGAGUUUGUGAAAAGGUUGACGCCAUCUCAGACCAACUGAAGCAAAGCCUACAGAACGUGGUGCAAUUCAUGGAAGGUGUCUCGCACAUGUUGAAUGCUUUGUCGGACCAACUCAGUCAGAUAUGGAACGAUAGCUCUACCCAGGAGCUUGUUCAGGGGGGCACGAGCAAGCUCUGGGACCAAUUGCUAGAGAUGUCAUCUGCUAUGGAAAGCCAGAGCUCGGAGACACUUGACUUGAUCUCAAGCCAGAUCAGUCAGGUGAACAAUGACAGGGCUACCAAAGAGCAGGUCCAGUCUGCUCUGACCAAGCUUGACAAUCUGUCGGAAAACGGCGCUACCCAGGAGCUUGUUCGGUCUGUCAGCACGACGGUCGGGUUAGUCUUGGCCAAGUUCGACGGAGUGGCAUCCAAACAAAACUUGAAAGUCCUUUACGGUCUUUACCGCCACCUUGCUCUUCGACUCGCAGCAAUGGCAAAUGAUCACGACAUCAGACUGUCUGACAUUGAGUCUGAUCUGCAGAAUGUGUGGAGCUGGGUAGAAAACCUCUGUGAUGGCGAUACCAAUUCCCUAGCUGUUGUCCUGAAAGAAGUAAGGACAAGCAAGGACUGGGAAGAUGCCACUUACGGUGCCCUUGCUCGUUUGGAAAUGCAAUUGCAGAAGGCUGAUUGCUUAGAGCAACAGUUGGACGAACUCAAGAGCACAAAUCUUGGGAUGGAAAAGCAGAUCCAAGACCAAUGUGCCAGUCUGGACAAGCUCAACGAGGAAGUCAGUCGUUCGCAGGAAUUGCUGGCCACCAGACGUUCCUGUUCAAGACGGUCUGGCCCCCCCAAGAACAACCGUCUAUGGGUACAGUGUGUGGAUGACUUGUUGAGCCGGUUCGACAUGUUUGUUCUUGCGGACACACAAGAGGGUCCCCUAGAGGCCAUCUUCCAUCAGUUCUGUUUGAUCAUGUCUGAUCCAGAUGUUCGUGCCUUGAACAAUUUGAACCUUUUCAACGUCGGAGCACCAGUAGAUCGCUGGUAUUGUUUCAAGCGCGUUAUCCACUCCUGGCCUACUACUGAUGCCAUCUCAUACGAUGGACGGUGUAGAUACCAACUGGCACACGUCUGCACGGGCCUCCAACAACAUCAGUCCUUCGUGUCCGCCAAACAAAAUCUUACCCCGCUACCUCGAUACAACAACCACAACCACAACCACAACCACAACCAUAACCACAACCACAAUAUGAACGCGCCUAGUAUGCCGCUGGACGCUCAAAAGCGUCGUAACCACAUCAUGUCAGAGAUCAAGAAAAGUUUCAAGCUUGAGGACACUUUCAUCCAUCGCAUGAUCACGGACAUGUUUGUUCCUCAGGCCCAUGAGAGCUUAUGGCAAGAUAAGUUCGCGUCGGUCUGUCCUAAUGUCCGUUACUGGGUGAUUGACUUUCACGUCGUCAAGUGGUUCUUUUCUCCAAAUAUGCCUCUUUUUACGACAAACUACCCUGCCCCUGCUCCUUCUGCGGAAACUUCGCCGGAAUAUGCGGCGUUCUACGAGGCUAAACUUCAAGAGCGCGACGGCACCUUUGUUGUGCCUGAUACGGCCAUGUGGCGCCAGCUGAGACCGGAGGUCCGCGAGGGUCACCCAGGCGUGUAUGGACGCUUCCAGAUCGUCCUCUCCAGAGAGCUUUCUCCAGCCAACAGGAUUUGGCAUGAGCUCGAGAGUGAGGGCCGACAGGUCACGAUCGCCAACUUGGGGCUUGUCCGUGUCCGCAUUAGUCUGGACGUGACCCAAAAUGCUGUUGUUUACCAACUUGGGUACAUGACAAAGACGCCAUUGACAAACCCUAAUGUCAAGCUGGCGGUGGGUCAAACCUGGCUCAAUCUUGUCGGAUGGGCUUGCGAUGUUCUCUUGAUGUCGCACAACCCACAGUUGCAGCCUAGCUACCAUGUGUGGCUCGAAAAGCACGUGGUCAAUGGCUGCCCUCCUCAGAACGAGUCGAGACUGGUGGAGAUGGCGGAUUACGCACGCAUGGUUGCCAUAUUCAAGACCGCGCUUCCUCAGGUUGAGCAUUUGCUCGCUGACACGGCCCUGGAUGACAUGACUCUUCAGCAGGCCGUGACUGAGUGCGAAAAGCUGUGCUCCAGCCUUGUGCUGCCAUCCUGGAACAUGCAUGCUACCUCUAAGCUACUUGUUUGGGCUGCUUUGCACAACACACGCGCUGUCGACCCAUAUGUGUCUGAGCAUUACCCUCGAAAGGGUCUGGGCGUGACAGUCGAGCUCCUCAGAGCCUUGCUCCCCAAGAUCUGUCAGUGGAAGGGGCGUCAGUAUGUUGAGCAUUGGAUUAAGGAGAAUCCCUUGUGUCUGCCGCGUACGAGGCUUGAAGAAUCGGUUGAGAGGGUCUUGAAAGACAUGCCCAUUUGAGUCAACCACAGCUUGACAUUGAUGGUGGUAGCUGCCCUGGC